AUGAUUGGUAAAGACAGCAGUGUUAUGAAGGCAUGGGAGGCCACAGUGAGAAAGACACAGGCAGUUGCGAAGAAGCGUGCGAACAGUAUAUUUGGGUCAACGUAUGUUGCCAAUGCAGAUGAAGAAGAGCACAAGGAUGGGCAAAAUGGCAGCGAGGUAUGUGAACUGUACCAUGCAGAGAGGGUUCUCUCCAAUGGGGAUUACUAUAAGGGAGAAUGGGCAGAUAAUUUCCCACAUGGGAAGGGCAAAUAUUUGUGGACUGAUGGGUGUAUAUAUGUUGGAGAAUGGUUCAAAGGGAAAACAAUGGGAAAGGGAAGGUUCACUUGGCCUAACGGGCCAACUUAUGAAGGGGAAUUUAAGAAUGGUUACAUGGAUGGGACAGGCACAUACGUAGCCUCCAAUGGGGACACUUAUAAGGGACAGUGGGUCAUGAAUUUGAAACACGGUCAUGGUGUCAAGAAUUUUGCCAAUGGGGAUAAGUAUGAGGGUGAAUGGAGAAGGGGGUUGCAGGAUGGGCAAGGGAGGUAUCAAUGGAAGAAUGGGAGCUAUUAUGUUGGGGAAUGGAAGAAUGGGACUAUUUGGGGUAAGGGUUCCUUUGUUUGGGGUAACGGGGAUAUGUAUGAUGGAUAUUGGGAAGAUGGUUUUCCUAAGGGGAAUGGAACUUUCAAAUGGGUUGAUGGAAGUUUUUAUGUGGGGAAUUGGAGUAAGGAUCCGAGAGAUCAAAGUGGAACAUACUAUCCAGCUGGGCCACCACAAGAGGGCCAUCUUGAAUGGGAUCCUCAUGAAAUUUUUAAUACUUUGAAUGAGUAUGCAAUUUGUCCAGGGGAGAAGGUUUCCAUUUUGCCAUCACAGAAGAGGCUUGCAGUGUGGAGGUCUACCAAAGGAGGGGAUAGUGGUAAGCCUAGGAGAAUGUCAGUAGAUGGGAGGGUAAGCGUAGGGUUGGAGAAGCCAAGCGAUAGAAUGCAAUUAUGGGGUGGUGGGGAGGGUGAUUUCAGUGGUAAUAAAACUACAACAAAAGGGGGUGCUUUGGAUGAAGACUUUCUAGCAAGUAUUGAUGGUUCUAUUCCAAAACUUCAAACUUUGAAAUUGCCAAGGAAAUCCAAGAGGCAGGGGGAGACCAUAUGCAAAGGACACAAAAAUUAUGAGCUCAUGCUCAAUUUGCAGCUAGGAAUCAGGCAUUCUGUUGGAAGACCAGCCCCCUCAGCAUCCCUUGAUUUGAAGCCUUCGGCUUUUGACUCUAAGGAGAAAGUGUGGACAAGAUUUCCACCUGAAGGAUCCAAAUAUACUCCACCACAUCCAUCAAGUGAGUUCAAAUGGAAGGACUAUUGCCCUGUAGUUUUUAGAACACUCAGGAAGCUAUUCAAGGUGGAUGCAGCUGAUUACAUGAUAUCUAUAUGUGGAAAUGAUGCCCUUCGAGAACUUUCGUCUCCGGGAAAAAGUGGCAGCUUCUUCUACUUGACCAAUGAUGACCGUUACAUGAUUAAGACAAUGAAAAAAGCUGAGGCAAAAGCUCUCUUAAGAAUGCUUCCGGCAUAUUAUAAUCAUUUUCGAGCAUUUGAAAAUGCUCUAGUGACAAAGUUUUACGGCUUGCAUUGUGUGAAGCUAACCGGACCAGCUCAGAAAAAGGUUCGAUUUAUCAUAAUGGGAAACCUCUUUUGUUCCGAGUAUACCAUUCACAGACGCUUUGAUUUGAAAGGUUCUUCACUUGGCAGAAUAACAAUUAAGCCUGAGUCGGAGAUUUGUGAAACGACCAUCCUUAAAGAUCUAGAUCUAAAUUUUAUAUUUCGGCUACAGAAAUCUUGGUUUCAGGAAUUUUGCAGGCAAAUAGAUAGGGACUGUGAGCUUCUAGAACAAGAGGGAAUCAUGGACUACAGUCUGUUGGUUGGUAUUCAUUUCAAAGAUAUAUCAGAAAAUGGGGAUCUUAUUCCUUCAGGAUCUAACACUCCAGCUGGUGAUUCAGAGAGUGAAGAAAGUCCCCGUAUUUCAAGAGCAGACAUGGAUCAACUUCUUCUAGAUCCUUCCAGAUGGGCGAGCAUCAAAUUGGGUGUGAAUAUGCCAGCAAGGGUUGAAAGAACAUUGAGAAAAAUUGGCUGUGAAUUACAACUUGUAGGACAACCAAUAGGACAGUUCUAUGAGGUGGUUUUGUUUUUCGGCAUCAUAGAUAUACUUCAAGACUAUGACAUCAGCAAGAAGCUUGAGCAUGCUUACAAGUCAAUUCAGUAUGACCCAACCUCAAUAUCAGCAGUUGAUCCUAGGCAAUAUUCUAGGCGGUUUCGUGACUUCAUAUUUAGAAUAUUUGCUGAAGAAUCAUGA